AAAUAAACAAAUAAAAAAAAUCAGCCACGUUCUUUUUCUUUUCAUUCUAAUUAUUUCUGAUUUUUACGAGAUUUCACUUUUCAGAACUUCCCCUUUUCUUCUAACUUAGGAAGCCCAAUCGUUAAACGCCGGCGAACAGAAACUCCGUCUUCUUUUCUUUGUCUGCAGGACCUUCAAGUUUUGGCAUCAUUAACAGCAAAUUCCAUUAAUCUGUCUGAAGUCUGAACGUAUUCAGUAUGAAGUUCUUAGAAUACACUCCGCUUGACCGAAUAAAUGAUUUCUUGAGUGAAUUAAACCUCGGUGAGCGUACCAUCAAAGGAAGACUUGAAGCAUACUCUUGCAAACACACAGGAACAGAUAAAAAACUAUCUCUCAGUUUGGAGAAUGAGAUCCUUGACUAUCUGGGGAAAUCCUCAGAUACUGACUCCUCCUCACCAGUUGAAUUCCUGUUGAGUAGAUCAAGUCGGAAGACAUUGAUUUAUCUGGUGCUUACCCUCUAUCACAUGUAUCCUGAUUAUGACUUAAGUGCAGUUAAAGCACACCAGUUCUUAACAGAGGAAAGCUGGGAUACCUUUAAACAGAUUUUUGAUACCAACAUGCUUGAAGCGUCAAAGGAAUGGAUCGAGGCAUAUGGGGGCAGUUCACUCCUCGAAACGAUUUAUAAGCCUCUAGAUGAGGUUGUGAAACUCUCGGAGUGCGAAAUUUAUAGUUAUAAUCCAGACUCUGAUGCAGAUCCCUUUCUGGAGAAAGGGGCAAUAUGGUCAUUCAGUUUCUUCUUCUACAAUAGGAAACUAAAGCGUGUAGUGAGUUCAAGCUUUUGCUGCUUAAGUAACUUGGUGGCUGAUGGUUUUGCUGCUGACAACUUGUGUUACGAGGAAGAUGGUGAAAUAUUUGAUAACAUGGAUAUAUGAUCACUUACAUACUGCUUGUACAAUGUGUCAAUACCUUUUGACAUCAGGCUGCACUUAGUUAUGUUCUGUAGCAUAUUUUCUACUUUGCUGUGUAUAUGUAGUUUAUGUUACCCAGACUCAGAUGCGUUCUACCUGAAUAUGUUGUCUUUAAGUGUUUUCUUAUGUUUGGAGGAUUACGUCUUUCUAUAUCAAUGGUAGAACAGGACCAAUGUCGGGCGUGGUAUUUUAAGAAAAUAAAGAAUCCCAAGCAACAUAGCAUGUUAUGCUAUGUAAUGUGAGUCAAAUUUGAGUUUAGGUAGGUGAAGAUGUGGAAGACAUUUCUUACAUACUCUUCGCUCCUUUGUUAGAUAUGAUAAAUCUUUUUUUCUAAAA